AUGGAGGAAGAAAGAGGAGGCGAGCGGUUUGCUGCUGCAGCUGCUGCUGCUGCUGCUUACAACGGGCCAUUGGUGCUGCUCGAGCCCCCCGACGUGCUGCCGCUGCUGCACUUCGCGGACCCCCCCUCGCCCCGCGGCAGCAGCAGCAGCAGCAGCAGCAACAGCAGCAGCAGCAGCAGCAGCGACGGGAGGACCUGUGCUGCUGCUGCUGCUGCUGCUGCUGCUGCUGAAGCGCCCGCCGCCGAAGAAGCCGAGCUGUCUGGACACCUGACGGAAAGCACUGGAGAUGAAGUUUGUCUUUGGGAGCAGCGCGAAGCAGAAGAAGCAAAAGAAGAGUUCAAAGACACAGCAGCAGCAGCAGCAGCAGCAGCAGCAACAGCAGCAGCAGCAACAGCAGCAGCAGCAACAGAGCCCAUCACGCCUGAAACCCUCGCAGCAGUUGGCAUUUCCUAUGAUAUGCUUUUCCCAGUGCUGGAGCCGCACGACUACCCCAUCAAGGAAGUGGCGCGUUGGUCGCGGCGCAUGUUGACUCCGGAAGAGUUCAGAAGCCUCAAAGCUGCUGCCUUUCGAGUGGACUUCGACAGUUUGCCCAAAAGCGAACUCACCGGCCUUUACUUCAACAGACACAGACCCUGUUGGUCUGCGGACUACUACACGCGGCAGCGCAAACGCAAAACCAUCGACUUCUUCGUCCCCGUAAACCCUAAACCCUAA